GUGAAUCAAAGGCAUUCACCCCUCACGGCCACGGUCCAAAGUUAAUGCCCUCGGCGUCGCGUCCAGCUCGUCUGUCGCUGCUAUAAGCCAACUGCUUUCUGGCGCAUCCCACUGGACUUCUAUCCCCCUUGUUCCAGCCUGCGCCCUCGCGACUGGCCAUGCCCACCGCUGCUUGACCUCCUUUCUCCCCCGCAUCAUUCAUCGAUUCAGCGUCUCGCUGACAUAAUGCAAGUCGCGCACUCGUCACUGCCAUCCUCAUUCCCCUCCGGCUCCUCUUCCCAGCCCGCCAUGUACAGCAACUCGUCGCACGGCAUCAUGGCCGCCCCCGGCUUCAACCGCUCCUUCUCCGACCUCAAUGGCUUCCAGCAACAUGCUAUGGAUAAGCCCCAGAUCUACACCGCCGUCUAUUCUGGCGUCUCCGUCUACGAAAUGGAAGUCAACCGUGUUGCGGUCAUGCGCCGUCGCUCCGACGGUUGGCUCAACGCUACCCAAAUCCUCAAGGUCGCCGGCGUGGACAAGGGCAAGCGCACAAAGGUCCUGGAGAAAGAGAUAUUGACUGGCGAGCAUGAGAAGGUCCAGGGCGGCUAUGGCAAAUACCAGGGCACUUGGAUUAAUUAUCGCCGCGGGCGGGAGUUCUGCCGGCAGUAUGGCGUCGAGGACCUUCUCCGGCCGCUUCUGGACUACGAUUUGAGCGCAGAUGGCAAUUCAUCGCAAGGCAUUGAGACGCCCACCAAGGAACAGGCUAUGGCAGCAAACAGGAAACGCUUCUACACCCAAAGCAUGGACGGCCGCAAUGCAAACCAGAGUGUUGGCGGCACUUUCUUUUCUAAUAUCUCAUCUACUGCAACCAGCGCAUUGGCAGCCAUGAACAAGGUCGCAAGAAUGAACUCCCCAGCACCGCGGCCCGGAAGUUCUUCGCAAGGGCGCCGAUCCGUCGGUCGGCCCUCUCAAGGACCAAUCGGGAGCCAAGACUCAUUCCGGGCAAGCAGCCAGCAGAGUGUUGCAAGUCUGGCUUCCGAGCGUAGCUUCGGUGCAAACGGUCAUGCCGACAUGGGAAUGGUGGAUGGAGACGUCCAGGAACCGCCGAGGAAACGGCUACGGCAUUCACAAGAGGAAUCUUUCUCGCAACCAAACGGCGCUGAAAUAUCGAUGCGAGAUCAUGGUUCACCGACGGAACCCAACGAUUCCUUCUAUCAGACUAUUGGACACCACCUCACUACAGCAGAUGGCGAAGUACCAACUGCACUCGCACCCCUCCCACCGCCAAACGACAAGGUCUCGGAAGAGAAGCAGGCCAUGUUGACCGACCUCUUCGCAGACCAGUCGCGAACAGAUUUCAGCAACCAUCCCGCAAUCCUCCACCUCUCAGGCGCUGAUCUGGACAUGCCAAUCGACAAUGCCGCGAAUACGGCAUUGCAUUGGGCAGCAACACUCGCGCGUGUAUCCUUGAUGCGUUUGCUCGUGUCUAAAGGCGCCAACAUGUUUCGCGGCAAUGCAGUUGGCCAAACCUCGCUGAUGAGUGCAGUCUCAGUCAACAACAGCCUCGACCACAGCUGCUUUCCCCAAACCCUCGAGAUCCUCGCACCCCUUAUCGAACUCCGCGAUAACCAAGGACGCACUAUUCUGCAUCACAUUGCAGUGACGUGCGCCAUCAAAGGCCGUGCCGCAUCGAGCAAAUAUUACCUCGAAGCCUUGCUCGAAUACCUCGUUCGCAGCAACAUCGGGAACAGCCAGUCAAGUUCCUUUGACGGCAACAGCAACUAUCCCAAACCGAUCGGCUUGAUGCGAUUCAUGCAAGAGAUGGUGAACGCCCGUGACAAAGCUGGUAACACUGCUCUCAACCUCGCUGCCAGAAUCGGCAACAGGAAUAUCAUCUCUCAGCUCAUGGAAGUCCAAGCGGACCCCUCAAUCCCUAACCACAAGGGCACACGACCAGUAGACUUCGGCGUUGGCAAUGACGACGCAUCUACUAACGCCCAAAUCAAUAGCCCGAGUAAGGGUAAAGCGCCAUUAUCCAAAGUCGAGGAAACUAGCCGGGAAAUCCAACCGCUCAUGUCCGGCAUCCUCCAAUCUGCCUCCGUCCAGUUCACUCAAGAAGCCCGCCUGAAACAAGACCUCAUAGACCGCACAAACGAAACCAUCGCCUCGCUCUCCGCGCUCCAAAAAUCCGAGCAACAUCGUCUCGAAAGCCUGCGCGCGCGGCUUCGCGCAAGACAGGAUCGUGCAAAACGUAUCGCAAAUUUGAAGCGCUGGCUUGAAGUUGAGAAAAACACGUUGGCUGUGACGAUGGGUGUGGAUGUGGGGGGUAGGGAGCUUAGUGUGAGGAGGAAACCUGGGUAUGCGGAUGCAGAGGGUACGGGGGUGGACAUUGAGAAAGAGGAUUUGCCAGAGGGAUUGAGGAGUGUGGUGGAGAGGCUGGGGCCAACUUGGAAGGCGAGUGAUGGCCAAGCAUAUCUCUCCACACCUCUGCCAGUCGAUCUCAAUGCUAUCGCACACCAGAAUCUGGCCUUCCUUGCGCGGUUGCAGAGUACCCAGCUACUUCGUCAUCGAUUGGAGGUGUAUGUAGUUAAUAAUAAGCGACUAGCAGAGAGGCGUAGGUUAUUGAAAGAGAAGGAUGCUGGGUUGGAGAAUAUGUAUCGUAAGGUUGUGAGUCUGUGUACGAAGGUUGAGGAAGAGAGGAUUGACGGCGUGGUGGAGGGGUUAGUAGCGGCGUUGGAAAGUGAUCCUGUGGAUGGGGUGGAGGUGGGUAGGGUGAGGGAGUUUUUGAGGAAGGUUGAGGGGGUUGAAGGGUAGGUGUUCGGAUUGGGAUUGGGAGGGGUGAUGAAGCAAGAUGGAUGCAUGCGCAUUGAGGUGAAGAGGAACUGCAUUUGCAUUUGUUACGAUUCUUCGGUUGUCAGAUAUGCAUGAGGACUAAACCUCAGCGCCAACGUCAGGUUAGGUCAGGUCUAGAGGUAUACCUGCCUACCUCCCUCUAUCUCCUUCCCCUUCUCUUCUUUUAUGUCAUUCAGCAUGUCCUCUAAAGGGUUUCAUAUGUGGUCAUUUUUUUCCAAAAUGCAGAUCCAGGAUGCAGAUCUUGCCUCGACAUGGGUAGUGGUUUGUGAGCAUUAACCAGGUAAUGAGCUGAUGGCCUUGUUUCUUUUCUAUGUACAUGUUAAG